GUUACCUAGAUCGAUCAGGAGCCCUCUACAUGUAUUCCACUAGCUAGCUGGCAAUUCGCUAUCAGCGCCCUAUCGGUACGAGUACAGAGGGUGCUCGAACCCAUCCAACCAAGCAAGCAAGGUGUCAAUGCACUUGCUUGCACGACCAACUGUAUGGCAACACGUGGGACAAAUGCCACUGUGGAGCCUGUUUUUGCGUGUGCGCUGCCUGCUCCUUAUGCUCCCUGCCAAUCAAGUCAGUUGUUCCAGUUGUUCAAGUCGUUCAAGUGCACCGGCCACUGCCCCCCGCGCAAAUUCAAGGGAGGAGGCUGAAUGAUGGAAUUUGCGAAUUUGCAGCGAAGAACGGACUUGUGGUCGUGAAAACGCCCGAAAACUUUUGGUGGGACUGACGUUUCACAACGGCUUUACCCAACAAAUCGAAUAGUUCGAAUACCGAUGCAUGUAUAUCGAACACAUCGAUUCAUCAUUCCAGCCAAGAUCCUCCUCAGAUCUCAGAUCCGACCUGAGAUGGUAGUUAGUUAGUAGGAAUGCAAGGAAGAAAGCAAUGAGCAGUGAGACAGAAGCAAAAGGCGGCCACAAAGACGAACCAACGAAGCAAAUAGAUCGUAGUGUAAGCAUACAAGACAGCAGCAAUGAACUGGAGCAGGAUGCCGAAAGGAAAAGAAAAAAUUUGAGUGUCACACAGAGUGGUACCAAUCUGCUGGCCGACAUUGCCAAUUCCUUGGAGAUUCCUCAGAAUUUGGAUGAUACCGAACAGGCAGUAGCACGCUUUGAUGUGUCGCCCUUUCGGCUCUGGCUUCUCUUUCAGUCUGUUGACGAGAACCAAGACGGAUACAUCAUGAAGCAAGAGCUGGUUCAUGCACUGGCGUCGGCAUCGACCACCAACAAGAAUGGAGAAAACGUAGCACCUGCGAAGGCUGCGCCUUUGUCUCAACAAUCUGAGCAGACUGAGGGUGAAGAAGGUUUGGAGGAGAUCAUGCCUCUGCAAGAUAUCAGGGCCCUGGACGAACUCUUUGAUCGAGUGAUUUGCAAAGAUGACCACCCUUCAUACAGCGCCAGCGAGACUACGAUUGAUGACGACGGAGAAACACAAGAGUACAACAAUUGCAUCCCAGUUCAGUCUGUCGGAAUAUCCUUUCCUCAGUUUUGCCGAAUCAUACGCUAUUUAUGGCUUCAGCAACUGAUGAUUCCAGAACUUGAUAGUGACGACGCGGAUGACAAUGGAAACGGUUAUGCCUUUGAAUAUAUCGACUAUGCUCCCGGCUACCAUCGGCACAAGCAAGUGUCAGGCAGUGUGUCAGAGAAACAAACACGUGAUUUCUUUAUUGCGCCACGGCAUGGUCUAGCACGCAUGCGGUGGAUAGAUGUGCCUUCAGGAACAUUUGUAGGCUUUGCUGCUCCCGCUACAACUCAAACCGCCGACAAUCCACGCCGAUCUCAAAAAGAAUCCUUUCGGAUUACCAUGUUACGCCUGGCCGUCAAAUAUCGGUUCCAUCCAACUUCGAUUGAAGAUGCCAUCGACUUGGAAAAUCAAGAACCCAAGGUCAACUCAUUUGAGCACUCUUUGCUCGAUCUUGGCAAGUUCAACUGCGGGACUCUCUCGUGGCUUCGCCACGCGGGCGAUGGCUACGAGGCCCCUGAUGUUGAUGCUCCCAGUUUUCAAAAGCUUGGGGAUUGGGCUUUGGACGCUGAGAUGAGUCGAAAACAAGGAGCGACAUUGGCUACUCCAACCAAUACUAAUUACAAUUCCAUGGGAAGUCUGCGAAGCAUACCCAAACCGGCAAAAGCUGUGCGAGCUAGCAGUACACACAGCUUUCAUAGCUAUCAAAGAGAAGCGGCUAUCCAGGGAAGGAUUUCCAAUGUUCCAGACUUUAUCAUUGCCGAAGGAGAGGAUGAUAUAAAUGUCAACGAGGGCAGGCAUUAUUUCAUCACGGUUCCCAUGUUCGAGCUGAGUCGGAGAUCCAAGACUUCCUUGGACCUGUACAAUGAAGCAUCAGAACUCCUUCCUGUGAUGCAGGUUCAACCACUCACUAUCGAAGUGAACGAGGCAACGCUGGGGAUGUUUGUUGCCUCCCUCCCUGAUGCCAAUCUGGUCGUCACUUGCUCUACUAAAUGGAGACCCACCCGUAUCAAGCCCGUCCGAUUUAAUAACAACGGGGACAGAAAUGCAUCACGGAGGCACUUUUUCUCUUAUAAGAAUACCAACACAGCAACUUCGGUUCCUCCCUACCAGUACGGAAGCAUUGACCCAAACAGUAGCAACAGCGAUAGCAGUGGUGAUAGUGGUGGCAGCGACGAUCCUUGGAUUGCGGAUAUGCUUCAAGACGAAAAGUUGUCGCUCGAGCGCGUUAAGAACUUGCUCAAGAAGAGGCACAGCAUUCAAAGGCAUCGCAACAGCAAUUGGCUCAUGCACGCAAUCUUGGACGCUGUAGUUGACAACCUUGUCCCGAUCUCCAAGAUCUACGAAGCCCAGUUACAGCGCAUGUCCAACCGUUUGUUUGAGCUGCAAGAGAAGCUGAGCAAACGGGAUGUAAAGGAGAUGAUCGUCAUGAAGCGAGAUUUGGAAUGGCUGCAACACGAGAUCCGCCCGUUUGCUCGCGUUAUCCGACAUUUGAUCGACGACCGUAACAUUGGAAUUGAAGUGACGCAUUACCUGGAAGAUAUUGAGGACAAUCUCAUGAGGACGCUCGAGCAACUGUCUUCCUUUGCAGACGAAUGCGUAACUCUCAAGGAUGAGUACAACGCCUACUCGGACCGUCGCACCAAUGACAUUCUCUACAUCUUGACGCUAGUUACAACGUUGAUCGUCCCAGGACAAUUCUUCACCGGAUAUUACGGGAUGAACUUUAUCGACCCUGAAACUGAGUUGCCGGCACUUCCUCUCCUCAAUCAGGGCGGUUGGGGCGUUUUCUCAUUUUGGUGCAUAAGCUUAGCAGGAACUGCCAUGGUCGCACUAAUGAUGUACAGAUACGGGUUCUUGCAGAAAGAAAUCGCUUAGACAGCUGGCUGGAUGACUACUGCUUCUAUGAAUAGCUGGUGCGUUUUCAGCAAGGUCUGUUUGUGUAGUUUUGAGUUGACAUAGAACUAGAUCGUUUAUAUAAUAAUGUAUUCUAAGGUCUUGUGUUCCCCGUUUGUAUUUUCAGCCUACAGAGAGUCACCGUGCCUGUGUUGCAUGCACCUCAGAAUGGGGCAAAAGGAUCGGAAGCGUAGGCAUGCUCUGGCUGCUGCUCCUGCUUCUUUUGUACCGGUACCGGUGCUCGUUGAGAUUGCUCCACGUCAUCGGCUGCCCCCGUUCGUCGCUUGCAGCCAAAAAUGAAGGAAAAGCGACCUUGCUUACGGGUGGAUGGCGGGCCCGUUUUUUGUUGCUUCUUCUUCAUGCUGGCAGCCUUGGGAGAACCACGCUUGGAAGCCAUGUGGUCUGCUAAUCCAGUCAGCUUCAAGUUAUUUGCCAAUGUCUUGAGUUCUUCCUUUGUAUUAGAGUUCAUGCGCUUUCGCUUUGGCAGGGUCGCAAAGAGAAUGUAGUCCAAGCACAACUCAAAAGCCUCGGGCGAGACACCCUCGAGGCGAUAAGCAGCUGCAUGGAUCUUCUGCCAAGGAAGCGCAGCCAGCUUAUGAAAGACGCAAGAUUUUAAUACAAAACAGCUUCCAGAAACCUCCAAUUGUAGGUCCUUGCUCAUGUCUUCUGGGUAGUAGGUGGUCACUGGAUCCAUUGUUGGCAAGGAUUCGUUGGAAGAGCUGAAGGAGUCGGAUCGUUCAGGGCUGUAGUGUUGGCCUUGGUGAUGGAAAGGUCCUUCUGAGAAUGUAAUGAGCAUGGCGGUGGAUGUCAUUUCUUCUAAGAUUUUGUUUGUGAGCGUGGAAGCAAAGUAGUGAUCGUCGGAGUUGUUUCGCUGUGAUUUUUUGGAUUUGUGAGACUGAUGAAAUGAUGAGACUGGAUCUGAUGGCCAAAAUACUCACAGGCAACUUACGUAAUGGGACGUUGGGACUCUCCGUCCAAUGCACUCUUUCAUGUACUCACAUCUUCCGUGUGUUUUAUCUGACGGAACUCAUCAGAAACCAGAAAGAGGUGCGAGUUUCAAAGAGCCAUCGAGCGGUUGAUGGGAGUGAAAUCGAGUCACACCAAUCUAUGUGACAGAAUUUGGUGGUAUCAGACUAAAAGCGGAGGUGACAAGUGAUACGGUUACUUAGAAGAUCUGACUACCACGAGUGAAUUACCUCUGAACGAGUGCGGCGACAACAGCUCCCACACUCCGACGGCAACAAAUUUUGUAACAUGAACCAGUCGUUGGUCCCCAGUCAGCUCCUUGGCUAAAGUGGCUGAACUCUUUGUUGGCGGGAAACAAGUCGUACUGUGUAGAAGUCUUAUGGAUAAACGGGUGAUAGACGAGUGAAUGAUAUCGUAGAUAUUGAGCGACGACUUUUAAUCUCUAACAUGCAUCAGAGGCCGGAUAAAGUACUAGUAGAAGUAAGGCAAGGUAGCUAUUGCUUGCACUCGUCCUGCCUGGUACUUCGCUCUUUAUCCACUUGCUAUUACUGGUUGUAGCUAGCUAGUAUCAUACUAUUAUGGUGUCAAUUGAAAAAAGUUUAGGAUCCAGCCACAUGCAUUUAUUAUUUGUGGAUUGGUACUGCGUAGUAUGUUUGGUCAAGUCAUUUGCUACUGGUGUACCAGUACUAGUACCAUACCGGUAC